AGAAAGGUUAACAUGUUGUGUUUUAAACUUGUAAACCAAAAGUGAAAUAAUGACACGUGCUAUAUUUGUGAUAUCUUUAGUUUUAAAAACAAUUAUAUCAGCAACUCAUGAGGCCAACAUAAAAGUGCAAGUGGAACAAGGAUGGCUGCAAGGCGAGGAGUUGGAGCUGGUGACGGGAGAUGGGAAGUACUUCAGCUUUAAGGGCAUCCCUUAUGCUGCUCCGCCCGUGGGGAAGCUACGGUUUAAGGCUCCUCAACCUGCUAUACCCUGGGAAGGAGUAAGAAACUCAACACAGCAUGGUUCUAAAUGCAUUCAAUUUGAUAUCUUCACUAACAAGCUAGUGCCAGCGAGUGAAGACUGUCUUUUUCUUAACGUCUACACCUCAAAUUUAAACCCUAAAGUACCUCUCCCAGUCAUGUUUUUCAUCCAUGGAGGUGGUUUUGAAAGUGAUUCUGGCAAUGUUGAUAAUUACGGCCCAGAUUUUUUGGUCGGAAAUGGUGUUGUACUCGUCACUAUUAACUACAGACUUGAAGUACUAGGGUUCUUAUCUUUAGAUACUGAAGCAGUACCAGGUAAUGCUGGUAUGAAAGAUCAAGUCACUGCUCUUAAAUGGGUCAAGAAAAACAUUGAAAAAUUCGGAGGAGAUCCCGAAAAUAUAACUGUGUUUGGCCAAAGCGCUGGUAGUGUUUCUACUGUGCUUCACAUGGUGUCACCAAUGUCAAGAGGUCUUUUCAAGAGAGCAAUUUCUAUGAGUGGAGUACCUUCUUGUGAUUGGGCGAUGGCGUAUCAGCCAAAAAGACGAGCAUUUGUCCUAGGCAAACAAUUAGGGUUUGACACGACUGAUCCCGAGAAUCUUUUAGAAUUUCUUCAAAAUGUUUCUGCAGAAAAACUAACUGGUGUAAGUCCUAACGUGCUAGCGUCGGAAGAAGUAAGCAAUAUACUUAAAAUGUUCCAUUUUGCGCCAGUCGUUGAAAGAGAUUUUGGUCAAGAACACUUUUUGACUGAGAAUCCUGAAAAACUUUUAAUGGAAGGAAAAGUUAGCCAAGUCGAUUUAAUGAUUGGACAUAGCACUUCUGAAGGCAUUGGUGACUUGAUCCUGUUUGAAGACACAUUCUUAAAGACAUAUUCACAAUACGCAGAACUGCUAGUUCCAACAAAAAUCCAGGUUAAAAAGAAUCCUGAAGAAGUAUUUAAAUUAUCAGAUAUGAUUCGAAAGCAUUAUUUUGGAACCAAAUCUAUAAGUAAAGAUACUUUACAAGAAUUUCUGGACUAUAUCAAUGACUCCGCGUACGGUUACGAUAUUUACAGAUACAUUAACUUGUUAUCAAAAGUACUAAAGAGGAAUACCUAUGUAUAUAAAUUCACUGCUGUGUCAACGAGGAAUAUCUAUGGAAAAAUUGGACAAAAAUAUAACUUCACAGUAGCAGGUCAUCUCGACGAUACAGCUUACAUAUUUGAUCCCAAACACGCAAAUUUGAAUAUAGAUAAGAAGAGUAAAGAAUAUAAAAUAGUUACACAAACUGUGGCAUUGUUCACCAAUUUUGCAAAAUAUGGUAAUCCAACCCCAGACAAAUCUCUAGGCGUUACAUGGACACCUUUUAACAACAAUUCUGAGGCAUAUAUGGACAUAGGAGAAGAUCUGACACCUGGACAAAAUCUGGACGCUGAUGUUGCAGCCUUCUGGAAAUCAGUUUUUGAUAAAGCUGGACUUGAGUUCUAAAUAUAGCGUUUUGUAAAA